UUUUGACGAUAAACGUCAACUUCCCGUGUAAGCGGGUCGUCCUUGACCUUGAGCCAAGCAAGGCAACUCCUGCCGCCGUCCUUAGCAGAUUUAGGCCUGCUUAUGGACGAACAGCCGAAAUUAGUUUGUUCGCGGUACAACUUGUACGAGUAUUUGAAAUAAUUAGUGUUCCACUGGACGAGUAGUGUAAACGCGACGUUAGUGUGGCGACAGUAUUCACCUUGUCGUCGUCUAACGGACUUCCGUUUCGCAGGCUGUCGUCGCGCGAUGCUGCCUACUAGAUUCCGCGACGGUCGCCAGCGGUCGUCGCCGUCGCUCUGCGAUGUCGCAUCGUCUCCGAGACGCCGUCAUGCCAUUUUCUUGUCGCUUCUCCUCGUCGCGAGCAGCCUGACGAUUGUGUCAGCCUACAGCUGCAGCUCAGUCCCGGGGCUGGCAUUGCUAGAGCCGAAGUACUUGAACCGCGUGUCGCGCUACGUGAGCAUGGGGCACGACGAGAGCUGCGGGUGCUGGCACGUCUUUGUCGACGUGGACUGGCGCGACCUGGACGGCGUCAAGGGCGUGCGCAGCGAGGGGGCGUGCAAGUCAUCGUGGGCCAUCACAGCAGUGAAUGCAGUGGAAGCCACAUUUGCUAUAGUCACAAGCGCUAUAGGGUCCAACGACACUAUCUUUAACAUCUCAGUGCAACAGGUGGUUGACUGCGAGCCCAGCAGCAGCAGCUGCAAGGGCGGGUGGCCCACAUCAGCCUUGGACUACAUGGUUGACGCCUCCCAGGACCAAGGCGGGCUCGUCCCGGAGCAAGCCUACCCCUAUAAGGGCAAGCAAGCCAAGUGCAGUGGGGACAAGAUCGCCGCCUCCUCCACACCAGUGGGCCUAGCACGCUACGAGCAGGUGGACUACUAUGGCUGGAUCGGGCUUCUGCUGGCGGUGCAGGUGCAGCCGGUCAUUGCGUUUGUGCGAGGCAGCUACCCCUCCUUCCAGAAAUACAGGGCGGGCGUAUACAGCGACCCCAAGUGCGCGGCAGCGGGCAUUGUGGACCACUCGGUGCUGGUGGUGGGGUACAGCUUCACAGGGCCGGACGGGGAGGGCCACUGGAUCGUGCGCAACUCGUGGGGCACUAAGUGGGGGGAGAAGGGCCACAUGAGGAUGAGCUUCGCAGGAGGCACGGGCAUAUGCGGCAUCCAUGCUGUGCCGGCUAUCUAUCCCAUCAUUCAGGUGCCAUCUCCCUGCGACUCACCCCAGAAGCCGUGUGGGGGCGGCGAGUGUGUGCCCGACGGUUCAGGCGGCUACUCUUGUCUGUGCCCCACCCCCUUCGUUAGCCUCACCAACGACGAUGGCACGCAGACAUGUGCCCCCUUGGACGCGUGUGGGUCACAGGCGUCCAACCCCUGCCUCACAGGCACAUGCAUCAACGACAACGUGGGCGGAUAUUUCUGUCUUUGCCCUCCUGGAUAUGACAAGGGCAGCCGGCCGCUUGGAUGGGACACUUGCACGCCUUCUGACUCUCCUCCCUCCACCCUCUCCUUCCCGGUGGACGUGGACUGCCCUCUCGUCUACCAGCUCUUUGGCCUCACUGAGGAAGCGUUCCUCGCUCAGAACCCCAGUCUGGCUUCCCCCUGCGUCACCAUCCCAGCAAGCACAGAGGUCAACGUGGCUCCCACCCCCUCCUGCGUCUCCUGCAACCUCUACUACUCCUGGUCCAGCGACGACACCUGUGCGGCUGUAGCAGCUCUCUUUGCACUGGACGAGACUGAGUUGACUCGCUUGAAUCCCGGCCUCGACUGCUCCGGUGCCGACUCCUGUGCUGCCCCCUCUGCCGGCCAGCAGAUCUGUGUGCACGAGGGCGAGGGCAUGGACUACCCCAUGUGCGUGUGGUGGGCGGAUGUGCGACCGGGCGACACCUGUGCCGCCCUGAUGGGGCGCUACAACCUCAACGCGCUCACCUUCUUCUGGCUCAAUCCCGGGCUCAAGUGCGACGCGCUCUUCCCCAAUGGAAUGGAGAUUACUGGCGUGCAGGUCUGCAUCUUUGCUUACGUCUAUGGAGGCAACACAAGCAGCCCCUUCCGGUCCUACUCGCAAAUCCAGCAGCACACCGCCCUUUCCCUCCCAUCCACACCUCUCUCAUUGGGAAAGCUCGCCACACACCAAACCGCUGCGCAACGCACCUCAACACACCAAGUCUCGCCACUCCGAGCCUCACACACCCUCCCAACCCCCCUCCAGCCGCUACAGCAGUCGCCCUGGAAACUCGCCUGGGCCACAGCCCACCCCACCAGCAAACCCCACUUCACACCCCCGCUGUGGCGGCAGCCCGCAUGGCAGCAGCGGCAGCAAAGUCUAGUAAAAGCUGGGGUGCUGAGAGCCGCCCCUGCCGCUGUGUCGAAACGGCGGUGUCUGAAGUUCUACUCGGUGACCCGAGGGGACUUCUGUGCGCGGAUCAUAUCGCUCAAGUUCCAAGGCAGUGCCCGCAAGAUGGCGGACUUGAACAGCGGGUAUGUGUGCGUCAAUGAUAGGCUGUAUGUGGGACUAAGUCUGUGCACCCAGAGGUGAGCGUGCUGGAAUAGAGGAGAGGAGGGAAUACAGGUGAGGGUGCUGGAAUGGACAGGCGAGGGUGCUGGAAUAGAGGAGAGGAGCAGUUCUGCGGCUCCAUAGGUAGAGGGUCCAAUCCAAACCCCUGGUUCAGUGUCACAGUGACAGCCUUGCAGCUUUCUCAGUCACUAGAGGGGACUUCUGCAUGCAGAUCAUGUCGCUCGUGGUCCAAGGCAGCAUACGGACGAUGGCGCCGCUCAAUAAUGGCCGUGUGUGCAGCAAUGCUAGGCCGUGUGUGCAGCAAUGCUAGGCCGUGUGUGCAGCAAUGCUAGGUCGUGUGUGCAGCAAUGCUAGGCCGUGUGUGCAGCAAUGCUAGGCUGUGUGUGCAGCAAUACUAGGCCGUGCGUGCAGCAAUACUAGGUCGUUUUGCAACAAUACCAGGCUGUGUCUGCAACAGUACUAGGCUGUGAGUGCUCGAGCUGUGCACGCGCAUGUGGGAGGGCGGGGCAAUCUGAAUUAUGGUGUCUUUUGCUUUGUACGCUGCCCGCCCACGCUGGAUACCGCGGUAUGUGUGCAAUGAUGACCGGCCGGGCCCAUGCGGAGCUGAGGUUGUGUUGCAUGCCGAAGAGGGUGCAUCUCAAAAUGGCUGAGAUUCUAUGUAGUGUAGGAGGGGAGAUUUGAUGCUUUACAGUAGAGAGAACCCUGAAAGGGCAAUUGUUUAUAUGGCUCUAUAUACCAUGUCAGAACUUAGUCACCACCACUAACCACUGAGUUAAAAGGGCUUGUUAAGCUUCCCCCUGCGUCACCAUCCCAGCAAGCACAGAGGUCAACGUGGCUCCCACCCCCUCCUGCGUCUCCUGCAACCUCUACUACUCCUGGUUCAGCGACGACAUCUGUGCGGCUGUAGCAGAGCUCUUUGCACUGGACGAGACUGAGUUGACUCGCUUGAAUCCCGGCCUCGACUGCUCCGGUGCCGACUCCUGUGCUGCCCCCUC